AUGACCGACGAUUUCAAGUCAUCCUCUGCUCACCUUGAGUUUGAGUGGGAGGAGCCCCGAUUCCUCAAGGCAGAUCGGGAAUUGAGCAUGAUAGGUACUAUCAAGACACACUGGAGGUCAUUGUUGAUAUGUAGCCUCUCUUUCAGUGCCGGUACGAUGUUCGGCUACGACACAAUUGUGAAUGGCGCUUCCAUCUCAAUGCCGGCAUUCAUGAUGUACUUCGGAGCCGAAGACGCUUCCGGAUUAUACCUUCCAUCAUUGUGGACUUCAUUGUGGACAUCUAUGUCUGCCCUCGCCCAAGCGCUCUCGGCUACUGGCACGGGCUUCCUGGCUGAUCGCAUCGGUCGCAAAUGGACGGGCGUCAUUGCCGGUGUCAUUGCUUUGGCCGGUGCAUCGGUACAAUACACUGCCCAUACACGAAGCUCGCUACUUGGUGGCAAGAUCGUGGGAGGACUGGGAAUCGGUAUGGGUAUGUCUACGGGUAUGACAUAUGCCUCGGAGAUUGUCCCUCCUAGCCUUGUCCCUGCCGUUCAGCAAACAUUCGUGGUAUUUAUCCUCAUCAUGCAGGCCUUGGCGAUGGGUAUUAUCCGAAUCUUCGUCACCGACCUGUCUGAGCAGGCAUUCCGUAACGUGUUUGCUAUUCAGUGGGGUGUGGGUGGGCUUGUCACAAUUGCGUUUUUGCUCGCACCAGAAUCGCCUGUCUACUGUAUUAUUAAUGGACGCGAAGAAGGUGCCAAAAAGCUGUUCGCACGGCUCUACCGCGACGACGCGGACCGUGAGGAGCGCUACAACCACCUGGUGAAGACAAUUGAGGAGGAAAACUCCCAGCGCGAGCAAAACCAGUCAAGCUAUAUGGAGUGCUUCCAAGGAGUGGACUUGAGGAGAACAUUGACCAUGAUGUUGCUCUUCGCUAUUGUCAAUCUAGGCGGUGGUCCCUUCCUCUCACAGUCGAUCUACUUCCUCAUUUCCGUCGGCCUACCCACUGUUCACGUGUUCGAUGUUUCUAUUGGUGGCUUCGGACUUGCUGUUAUCCUCAUCAUGGGUAGCGGAAUAGUUCUGAAGAAGGUGCGACGCAGAAACUUGGUGCUCUGGGGAUGCGGCAUUAACCUGCUCUUCAACUUGAUCGUUGGUGUUCUCUAUUGGGCCCAUGGAACUGGACCCAAGUGGGCGAUUGCAAUUUUCAUGAACGUUCUCAUCUCCUUGCAGGCUUGUCUCAUGCAGAGCCCCGGUUGGUCAAUUGCUGCCGAAAUCUCCAGUUACCGUCUACGCUCCAAGUCGAUGGCACUUGGAAUCAUGUCUCAGACAUUCACCACUUGGCUUGUAACAUUUGUGGUGCCCUACAUGUAUAAUGUCGACUCUGGUAACCUCGGUGCUCGGACUGGGUUGGUCUUUGCUGGCGUUACCGUGCUGCUUAUCUGGGGCGUCUGGGCCAUUGUUCCUGACACUACUGGGCUGUCAACAGAGGACAUUGACAAUCUUUACGAGGCAAAGGUGCCUCCCAGAAAGUUUGCUACCCAUAAGGUGGCCAUGACAGCACCAGAUGCGGCUUGA